AUGACAAGACCACAGAUUGUUCGAGCCGAUACCUUGGACCUCCAGGACCACGAUACGCCGUCCGCAAAGGAUCACACCAAGCAACCUGAACAACCUGCUCCGUUAGGGGUCGGCCGGCCUGCCCCUCAUCAGGAGCAGUCAAUUCGACACGCUGAACAAGAUACAAAAUCUGAGAUUUUAAGCGGCCCCGAUAAUGAUCAUGGUUAUCGAGACGGUGUGGGAGGGUACGAAGAAGAAGAGACUGAAGAGAAUAUGGAUCAGUCAUAUGAACAUGAGGAUGGGGACCUAGCAGAUGGAGAAAGCGAUGAUCUAAUGGAUGAUGAUCUCAUGGACAAAAUCUCUAGCUCCCCUUCUAUAGAUGACGAGGAUAUCGAUUUCGAGUUUGUUUACGCACUUCACAACUUUGUCGCAACAGUCGAUGGGCAAGCAAAUGCCUCCAAGGGUGAUACCAUGGUUUUAUUGGAUGAUAGCAACAGCUAUUGGUGGCUGGUUCGCGUUGUUAAGGAUGGAAGCAUCGGAUAUUUGCCCGCUGAACACAUCGAGACACCCACGGAGAGACUCGCUCGCUUAAACAAACACCGCAACGUUGACCUUUCUGCAACCAUGCUAGGCGACAACUCAGAAAAGUCUAAAAACCCUCUGAAGAAGGCGAUGCGCCGACGGAACGCAAAAACAGUCAACUUCGCUCCCCCAACUUACAUCGAGGCAUCGGAUGUGGAAUAUUCCUCGGAUGAAGAUUCCGAGCACGGUGACUUCUUUAAUGACGAUGAGACAGAAACUGUGGAAUCGGAGGAAGGCGAUAUACAAGAGCAAAAUGACGAUAUUGUCGUGGAGCCACUUCGCCCGAAGGGCCAGAGAGAGAAGUCGGCAGAUCAGACAGAAGGGAAAGGCUCACCAGAAAAGCAAGACCCCGAGCGUACAAGCUCUGAGCCCCGGCGUUCUAGUGAGGAGUUUUUCGACCCGGAGGAACCUACUGUCAGCCGGUCCAGAAAUGGCACUGUACGGAACACAGAUUCUUUCUUCAAGGAUGACACCGCGGAACCAAAGAAACUGACCCUCACACCGAAUCUUUUACGUGAUGAGACCACCGGAAACGCCAUUAUUCACGAGUGGAAAGAUGGUCGCGGUAGCUUCGAAUCUUUGGACAAAGCAACCUCUCAGCAAGAUAAGACCAAAGAUAAAGAAGAUCGGAAACGCAAGGAAAAGAAACCUGGAAUGCUCAGCGGACUGUUCAAGCGCAAGGACAAGAAGACUAAGUCGACCGACGAUGACUUCGAAGAAUCCCUCACAUCGCCAACCGAGUCUGCCUUCCGAGCUUCUCCCCAGCCUAAGACCUCUUUGGAGUCACUGGAAUCGAAGACAUCUAAACCACAGAGACAGACUAGCAACAAACUACAGAAAUCACAUCCGACCGCCAUGUCACCAACAUCCACAGAGCCCAGCAACGACACCGGCCAGUCUAUUCGACGAGUCACAUCCCAGGAAACGACUAGCUUUGAGGAGGCCCGAGGACCUAUGAGAUCCCCUGCUAGUCAGCUCAGUCCUUCCAAGGAAGCAUUUGUUACUCCGAAUGAAUCACAAGAUCCAUUUGAAUCACCAGAAGAACGAGCCUCAAUCGAAGCUCAACGAAGAAGACAAUAUGAUACCCCUAGUCAGACAACCAAUUCGAAGCCCUCCGUCAUGUCUCCACCUCAAAAAUUCACGCCCAACUUGGCACCAGGAUACCCGGAACAAGAGAAAGAUUCUCCCCCAAAUGUUUCACCCAUCGAAGGCCAUAUACCCAUUCUUGCUCCGGGACUCUCUCCGGAAGCUAUACACGAGGCGCGAUCUAUCUCACCACUAUCUCCGCCGUCGUCCCCUGAAGUCGACACACAUGACAUACAAAGUUCCAAAAACACACCUGGUUCGCUCGAUACACUUUCAGUGGACACUCCAACGUGGAGCGAUUCUAGUUUACGAUCAUAUCUGGACGAAGAAAAUGACAUUCGCGACCUGUUCAUUAUUGUCCAUGACAAAUCAAACAUUCCCCCUGCUGGUGCUGAUCACCCUGUCACAGGCCGUCUCUUCAAGGAAGAGAGCAAGAGGCUUAAAGAACUGAACACUCAACUUGAUAGCAUGCUCGUGCAGUGGAUGUCCCAGCGCAAGCGACAAUCUAACUCGGCAUAA